CACAAACCCGUGCGUCCUCUUGCAGCCCACAAUGCGUUGUUGCUUCUCUCCCUGCUGUGUCGCUUCUUUGCUCGUAAUUUGCAGCGUCCACGUGGAUGCCUACUUCGGAUCUCCGCCAUACCGCCUCCCGACGUCUGGCGUGGACGAAGAGAGAGGUGGGCGCCUUCUUCUCGUUCAACAUGAUCACCAUGCUCGCCAACGUCAGCAACACCCAGUACUUCUGCAUCGGAGUUGGCGGAGACGCCAAGUGGCUCCCGUCUCCGGACACCUUCAAUCCGGACAUGCUCGACGUGGAGCAGUGGGUCCGGACGGCAGUGGCGAUGGGAGCCAAGUACGCGGUGCUGACGGCUCAGCACUGCGGCGGGUUCAGCAUGUGGCCUACAGACGUUUACGACGAGACGGGCUUCAACUACACCUACAGCACCAGGUACUCGAGUUUCCGCGGAGGUAACUACGACGUCGUGAAGGACUUCGUAUCCGCGUGCGCAAAGUACGGGAUUCAGCCGGGCAUCUACUACAGCCUCAACCAGAACUUUUACCUCAAUUCUGCACACGGUGCUGUGCUGAACACUUCGCUUAUCCCCGGACAAGCAAAGGUGACCCAGGACCUGUACAAUAAGAUUGUGCUGGCUCAGAUGAGAGAGCUGUGGACUAACUAUGGAGAGCUGUCCGAGAUCUGGUUCGACGGAGCCUGCUCGUGUGCCGUGGCAUCAGCCAAACCAUCGGAGAUUUGCUUGUCUCCACUCAACCCCACGCAGUCUACUUCCAAGGCUGCACUGCAAACCUCCACAAUGUAAUCAGGUGGGUAGGGACAGAGAGUGGGUUGCAAACCUAUCCAAUCUGGAGCUCCUCUGUCGACUGCGAAAGUUCUCACGGAAGUCCAAAAGGUGGUUACUUUUGCCCGGCAGAGUCGGACACCACACUCCAACUGUUUGACCAGUGGUUCUGGAGAGCUGGCCACCCCAUUCGCAGUCUCUCUGACCUGCAGCAGGUCUACUACCAUACUGUGGGGCAGAACACCAACCUCCUCCUCAAUGCACCGGCCAACAGCUCUGGACUCAUCGAGGAAGCCUCUUUCCAAAGGUACCAAGAGUUUGGACAGUGGGUGGAGAACUGUUUUAGCCGGUCUGUAGUCACGACACAGGGCAUCGGGUAUGACUUGCAGCUGAGAAGACGCGACCUUCAACCCAUGCUGUUUGACCAUGUUCUCAUCAGCGAGGACCUCAGCAUGGGUCAACUGGUGCUCAACUUCUCCGUGAGUGCUCUCCUACCCAACUCGACCGAGAAGCUGCUAAUCGAGGGGGAGUCCCUGGGAACAAGUUCAUUAGACCUGUGACUGCAGUCAACGCCAGCAAGGUGUUGCUGCACGUCUCGGCAGCCUUUGCUGAACCGAAGUUUCGGCAGUUCAGUGUCCACAACUGCAACCACACUGAUAAAUUCUGAAAGCAUACCAUAGCCGAUUGUACAUGUGUGUAUUUAUGAUUUGUUUCAUUAUGUUAGGGGUUGCAUGCAAGAUCAAACGGCGUGAAAGCAUACACCUUUCAGCAGAUCACAUGCUCGGUCAACGUUUUGCUUUUUGCUGGCUCAAAAUUGCCUGUCUGACCAAGUCAUAUAUAGCACAUGUCAACUACCAGUAUUAUUUAAUGU